UGUGAACCGCAUGUGUUCUUGGUGUUCUAGUAAAUUUUGGAGUCAACCUCAUUUCGUUAAUAUGCUUGUAGUGCAUGUUACCAACCUUCCUGGAUAAACAACCGUUGAGUUUGACGGGACGUUCGUGUGAAAACACCAACCAUUUUAACAGUUAGCACAUAGCUAGGUAAUUCCGUGCUAGUUCGUUAGCAAGCCCGCUAGCUUGUUAGCAUUCACUAGCUCUAGCUAUGUAAUUUUAUUUCUAUUUCACAUGGCGAUUGCACUCGAUGACUGUGGCAUUGUAGUCGUUGGACAUUUUCCGCGAUUUAAAACUAAGUCCUGGUGUUUUUAAUGUGGAGGUUUGGAUCAGAUCUUAAAUGGCGUUGUCGAUGAGCAUGCACCGUUUAUCUAAAUGCCUCGGAACUGUUACAUUUCGUUAUCUUCCUCCAAACCCACUCUUUUCCAGAGGUCGACUGGAGCGGCCAAUUGGAUACCUUGCAGUAUGGCGAGUCCUGAUGGCAAAAAGCCCAAAGGGACCAUGCUGUCGGAACCAGACAGCAACAUGUACACCACCAGCUCGGUACUUCAUCAGUCUGGGUAACAAGAGAAAGCAGUAUUCUGAACGACGCAUCAUAGGGUAUUCCAUGCAGGAAAUGUACGACGUUGUAGCGAAUAUAGAUGAUUAUAAUUACUUCGUUCCAUGGUGCAAAAAAUCCCAGACAAUACUGAAGAGAGCAGGCUAUGCCAAAGCUCAGCUGGAGAUUGGUUUUCCGCCAGUGGUGGAGAGGUAUACCUCCAUGAUCACAAAUGUUCGUCCUCACCUUGUGAAGGCUGUGUGCUCAGAUGGAAAACUUUUCAACCAUUUGGAGACAAUAUGGCGUUUCAGCCCUGGUAUCCCUGGUUAUCCACGGACGUGCACGGUUGAUUUCUCUAUAUCUUUCGAGUUCCGCUCUUUUCUGCACUCCCAACUGGCCAGAAUGUUCUUUGAUGAGGUUGUUAAGCAGAUGGUAGCUGCCUUUGAGAAUCGUGCAGGUGAACUCUAUGGCCCGGAGACUCACAUCCCUAGAGAACUCAUGUUCCAUGAAGUACAUCAGACGUGAACCUCCAGCACAGCAUUGUUCAUAUUCUUAAGUUUAACCUUAUUUGGCUAUCACCUUGCUCUGUCACCUUUUGUGAUAAGCAGGUCAUAAGCAGUAUUGACAAGGAGAGAAGAGCUAUUUUGACACUAUGUUUUUCAUUUUAUUACCUCUGUUGUGACUCUUAUUCAACUUGACAAAACUCCCAAGAAAUCAGAUAUUUAUAUUUUUAGUCACUAUUUGUUGCUGAACCAUUCAUUGAAUGAGGACUGUUUGGACAUAUGUACAUUUGCCUCAUAUGUUGAGUAUCUCUGAUGCUUUUAUGCUUAUGAAUGCUGAGGACACCAAGCUUGAGCUAAAUAAGCAUUAGGCAUUGCUUAGGGUAAUCAGCUUUUCCAAAAUAUUAAGAUAUAAGUCUUAAUUUCUUUCCAGUUAAAAUGUAGCAUGGGUGUUUUUGUCCAUAAUGAAUGGAUGAGAUUGUCUUAUUGAAACUGGGUGAAAAAAAAUGGGCGAGCCUUCUAUGAAAAGUACAAGAAUUACUAUAUUUCAUAUGCUAUUGUGGAUUAUUCAUAGACCAAGAUAUUUACACUGUGACCUGCUAUAAUUACUGUAAAGUGCAAUAUGUUCACAAGGUGUGUGUGUGUGUGUGUGUGUGUGUGUGUGUGUGUGUGUGUGUGUGUUUGCAAAAUAAGAAGAUACACUGGAGUUCAUGUAUUUCAAAAACUGACUAAAAAAAUAUGUGGAAGAGGUUCAUUAACUUGAGAAGUCACCCUUCUGAGACUUUAUGAUUUGUCAUCUGCAAAAUACUUACUGUAAAUGAUGGAUUCACAUAAUAUUGUAUGCUUUUUGAGCUACUUGGAAUGCUUCUCUAUAAAAGGACCUUGGUUUUGAAAAGCAGAUUCUUAAAUAUGUUCUGUAUGUCUGCAUUUUAACAAACUGAAGCACAAAAGGAUUCUGUUAUAGUACCACUGUUCCAGAAUUCAGUUAUUCAAGUAUUACAUUUUAAGAUAUUCUGUGCCACGUUAAUUGGAUGGACAACCUACCAAACAUGGAAUAAUUUUCCUUGUUUUUUUUAUAUACAUUGGUGUUUUAUAAGUUGCUACUCUGUGAAUGAAUAAGUGAAUUGUUAGAAUAAAA